AUGUCUGAUAGUGAGCAACCUAAGGAAGAGAAACCUGAUAACACUCAUAUAAACUUGAAGGUAUCCGAUGGUUCAGCUGAGAUAUUUUUCAAGAUCAAAAGAUCAACGCCCAUGAGAAGAUUGAUGGAAGCUUUUUGCAAGAGACAAGGCAAGAGCAUGGAUACGUUAAGAUUUUUAAUCGAUGGUACUAGAGUUGGCCCUGAUUCGACACCAGAUGAACUAGAUUUAGAAGAUGGCGAUGUGAUUGAGGCACAUCGUGAACAGGUGGGGGGCUCGUGUUAA